AUGUCCAAGCCCCAGGUCCUUGUUUGUGGCACCAUCGUCCACGCUCACGACGAGCUCAAGAACGACCUUGGCUCCGUCGCCGAGAUCCUCCACCUCGACACUCCCUCGCGUGCCGAGUUUGUCAAGGCGACCGCGGACGGCGGCAAGUACGCCAACAUCGUUGCCAUCUACCGCCACAACGACUCUGCGGACAAGAUCGGCGUGUUUGACGCCGAGCUCAUCAACGCCCUGCCUGCUUCGCUCAAGUUCAUCUGCCACAACGGUGCCGGGUACGACCAGAUCGAUGUGCACGCUGCCAAGGCGCGCGGCAUCCUUGUCUCGCACACCCCUGCUGCGGUCGACGAUGCGACGGCCGAUACGGCCAUGUUCCUGGUGCUCUCCAGCUUGCGUCAGUACUACCGUGCCGAGGUGAACGCCCGCAGUGGCAAGUGGAAGUCGGGUCUCAAGCCCGCGCACGACCCGGAGAACAAGGUGCUCGGCAUCAUCGGUAUGGGCGGUAUCGGCUCGGCGCUCGCCAAGCGUGCCGCCGCGUUCGACAUGAAGAUCAUCUACUACAACCGUAACCCCAACCCGAACGCCGACGCCUCGUACACCUACGUCAAGUCGCAACAAGAGCUCCUCGCCCAGGCCGAUGUCGUCUCGCUCAACCUGCCUCUCAACAAGGAGACCGAAAAGAGCUUCGGCAAGACGCAGUUCGACCAGAUGAAGGACGGUGCCGUCCUCGUCAACACUGCGCGUGGUGGCGUUGUCGACGAGGAGGCCCUCAUUGACGCCCUCAACUCUGGAAAGCUCUCGAGCGCAGGUCUCGACGUCUACCCCGCCGAACCCAAGAUCGACGAGCGCCUCGUCAAGAUGGACAACUGCAUCCUCCUCCCGCACAUGGGCACCGAGACCGUCGAGACGCAGAAGAAGAUGGAGGUCCAGGUGUUCGGAUCCAUCAAGACCGCCCUGCAGUCCGGAAAGCCGUCGUUCAUCGUCAAGGAGCACAAGUAG